GCCGGAAGUGGGUGGUGGCCCGGAGGCAGCGGCUGGCUUCUGUCGGAAGGCGAGCCUCCCGAGCGGUUGCAGCUGGCUGCCCCAGGCGCUCUCCUCUGAGGGAGCGCUAGCCCCGCCGAAGCCGUUCCAGCCCGAACUCGCGCCCUAGGCUUCCCCGGCUGCACGGCUGCGCCAGUGCCAAGCGAGGCCGAGCCCGCGGAGCCUCCUCCAGCCCUCGCCCCGCGCUGCAGUGAGGCCGCGCCCUCAGGCCCAGUCCGCGGCGGUCCCGGCGGGUGAUGCCAAAUACAGCCAUGAAGAAAAAGGUGCUGUUGAUGGGGAAGAGCGGGUCGGGGAAGACCAGCAUGAGGUCGAUUAUCUUUGCAAAUUACAUCGCUCGCGACACCCGGCGCCUGGGUGCCACCAUUGAUGUGGAGCACUCCCACGUCCGAUUCCUGGGGAACCUGGUGCUGAACCUGUGGGACUGUGGCGGUCAGGACACCUUCAUGGAGAAUUACUUCACCAGCCAGCGAGACAACAUCUUCCGGAACGUCGAGGUUUUGAUUUACGUGUUUGACGUGGAGAGCCGCGAACUGGAAAAGGACAUGCAUUACUACCAGUCCUGUCUGGAGGCCAUCCUCCAGAACUCUCCCGAUGCCAAAAUCUUCUGCCUGGUGCACAAAAUGGAUCUGGUUCAGGAGGAUCAGCGUGACCUGAUUUUUAAAGAGCGAGAGGAAGACCUGAGGCGUCUGUCUCGCCCCCUGGAGUGCGCCUGUUUCCGAACAUCCAUCUGGGAUGAAACCCUCUACAAAGCCUGGUCCAGUAUUGUCUAUCAGCUCAUCCCCAAUGUUCAGCAGCUGGAGAUGAACCUAAGGAAUUUUGCCCAAAUUAUUGAGGCCGAUGAAGUUCUGCUGUUCGAGAGGGCUACGUUCUUGGUUAUUUCACACUACCAGUGCAAAGAGCAGCGUGACGUCCACCGGUUUGAGAAGAUCAGCAACAUCAUUAAGCAGUUCAAGCUGAGCUGCAGUAAAUUGGCCGCUUCUUUCCAGAGCAUGGAAGUUAGGAAUUCCAACUUCGCUGCUUUCAUCGACAUCUUCACAUCAAACACGUAUGUGAUGGUGGUUAUGUCAGAUCCGUCCAUACCUUCUGCAGCUACUCUCAUCAACAUUCGCAAUGCCAGGAAACACUUUGAGAAGCUGGAAAGAGUGGAUGGCCCCAAGCACAGCCUCCUCAUGCGUUGAAUAUUGCCAAAUGCUGUAUGAAAGUGCUGAAUUGCCUUUUUUUUUUUUUGCAUCCUUUAUUUUUAAUAUAAUGUGUGCUUAAAAGUGGGCUUUGAAAUGUGUGCUGCUUACUGUUUCCAUCUUUCUUCCCUGUUCCCCAGUCCUGAAACAUUGGAAGCUAUUUACUCAGCUAUCCAGUAGAGCUUUAAGAUGGCCCCUCUGAGAAGUUGGUAUGGUGUAACACUAAAGUAGGUGGUUUGUGUGUAUGUAUUCUGAUUACUUGGAUAUAAUAUAAUAGGUAAUGCACAUCAAAGCCUUUACCAAUAUCUUCCUGUAUUCCUUAUCAGAUUGCAAAGAUGGAAUGUUACUAUUUUAUCAGCAAGGUAUUAAAAUGCAUUUAUAAAUUCUU